CGCUAGCCCUGCCCCCACCCCGGAAGCCGCCCGCCCGCGCAGGCGCUCUAGUACCGCGGCCGCGCCCACCGGUCCUGGCCUUCCGCUUCCCUAGGUGCCAUGGUGCCGCCGCUGUGCACGCUGCCGCCGGGCCCCGGGCCCCCGAACUUCGUGUGCUACUGCGAGGGGGAGGAAAGUGGGGACGGAGGCCGCGGCGGCUUCAACCUCUAUGUGACUGACGCCGCGGAGCUUUGGAGCACCUGCUUCACGCCGAACAGCCUGGCCACCCUCAAAGCCCGUUUUGGCCUGAGUGCAGCUGAGGACAUCACCCUUCGGUUCAGGGCAGCCUGCAAGCAGCAAGCUGUGACUCUCACCCUGCAGGAGGACAGAGCUUCCCUGACCCUUUCAGGGGGGCCUAAGGUGCUGGACUUUGACCUCUCCAAGGUACCAGGCCCCGAGGCAGCCUCCAGGUUGCAAGCCCUGACCCUGGGCCUCGCAGAGCGUGUGUGCAGCUUGGAGCAGCGUCUGGCAGGUAGAGUGGGGGUGCCACGUGAACCCCCACCAGGUCCUCCUGCCAUACUUGUACUCAUGCUUCUCCUUUCUUCCCCAGCUGUGGAGGAUACAGCUGCCAGCCCCAGGAAGAGUCCCUGGCCAGGGGGGCCUCAGCUCUUUUUACCAGACCCAGAUCCUCAGAGAGGUGGCCCUGGACCUGGGGUCAGGAGACGAUGUCCCGGAGAGUCCCUCAUCAACCCCGGCUUCAAGAGGUAGCCACACCCCCACUCCUCUAUCCUGUACCCGGGUUCUGGCCCUAGACCGCUGCCCCACCCUCCACACUGCACAGGUCACACUCUUUUCUCUCCUAGCAAGAAACCAGCUGCUGGUGUUGACUUUGAUGACCCCUGAAGGUGCAAAAAGUAUGACCCUGCCAAGAGUCUCUGAGGGGAGGGACAGCCCCCGGGAUCCCACAACCUCCACCUGCCCAUCCUCCCUCUGGGGGGAAGCAAACCCGCUCCUCGGGCCCCUUUCCCAUAAAAUAAAUGGUUUUCUUAGCAGA